AUGUCAUGGAAGGUCAAGACGCCUACCAGUGACACGUGGAUCGAAUCUUGCUACUCUCAGCUUUGCGCAGGUCACUUUGACAGACCAAAUACGUCGGCGGCCCUCAUUUGCAAGCGGGGCCCUCCGAGAUGUGCAGGCCUGCCUCCACAGGGCCUCAUGUACGCCAGCAUCCCUCAGACCAAGCUCGACAGCGCUGAGAUCAUUGCCAUUAGUGUGCCAUGUGCAUUCGUCCCGCCCGACGAGGCAGGCGUGCUGUACUGCUCUGUUAGGGAAUCUGCCGGCCCUAUGCGUGUUUGA